GUGCAAACGUUUCAAACUGUGCAUGACACUCCGACGAGGAUGCUAUUAUGCGGACGAUACAAGAUUUUGCAGGAUAACGUUCCAUAAGGCUAAUAAUUAGGCCUAGAAACGGUCACCUGGUUUUGGCGUCAAAAGCUAUUUUCGAUUAUAAUUCCAUUUAUAGUCACAUAAUGCUGUCAGAAAAUGAGCUAACUGAGUCACAACUGGGCUCUGUAGACGAGUUGAGGUCACGUUUCUUCCAUGCUUGUGAAGAUUCUUCUUUUGCGAGUGAAUUUGAUGAGCGGGAUUUGGAACGUUUUGGCUAUGAUGACUGGUGGGUGUAUAAUUUCUUUCUCCUAGGAAGAAGCAAAGUUGAUAUGGCUCUGCAGAAGAUCACAAAUUCUCUUCGCUGGCGAAAGCAAUUUGGAGUCAAUGAUAUCACAGAGGAGAGCUUUUCUAUUGAAACACACCAGAAGGGUGCAGUAUACCCACAUGGUAGAGACAAAGAAGGCCGUACUAUAUUGUGGUUUGAUGUGAAACUGCAUAACAAGAAAAUACCAGGCAACACAGAGCUUGCUAAACGAUACCUAGUUUACUGGCUAGAGAAGCUCCAACGCCAGUACCCAUCACAACGAAUUACAGUACUAGAGGAUAUGUCCGCUGCUGGUGUUUCUAAUAUGGAUCUUGAAGUUGUGAAGUUCAAGAUACGUUGUUUUGAGGAGUAUUUUCCAUUCCUAGUUGAUAUGCUGUUCAUCUAUGAGAUGGCAUGGAUAUUAAAUGCAAUAUGGAAGAUUGUUGAGAAGAUAUUGUCUGAGGAAGCAAAGAGCCACAUCAAGUUCAUUCGUAAGGGUGAUGUAAAAACUUACAUUGAGGGCACCACACUUCCAAGUCACAUGGGUGGAACAGAUAAUUUUAAGUGGGUUUAUACACCAAAGAGCACUGAGGAAGAGGAAUUUCAGUCAAUUCUAUACUCAGAAGAUAUGCAAGAAUUAGAUGUGACUGAUAGUGAUAGAAACACCAUACAAACAGACCCACUGACCAAUGAAAGACAUAGUGCAGAACCAUUAACUAAUGGGAUGGAUUCUAGCGAAUUACCCACCAAUGUUAUUGAUCAUACCCUGUCAACUAACAAUAAAAGUCGCAACCAAGAAACCCCUACUCUAGGAGGUGCUCCAGAAGAAAAUUGUACCAUACAUUCACCACCAGCCAAUGAUAUGCAAAACCAGUCACCAACAAAAAGAACCAGCUCUAGUCUUUCAGCUAACACUCACAAUGUUGUUAAUGAUGAUUUCCAGGUUGCCACACCAUUAGCUUCUGACCAAAGCCAACAAAAUGUGAAGCAAAAAAUAAGGCUUAAAAAUGGCAUCAUUCAAGAGCGACCAAAGAAAGUUCAAUUUGUAGAAAGUGAGGCAGAAGAAUUGAAAAGAAAACAGGUGGAUGGAAGAAACAAAAAUUUGCGGUUGUUGAGACGAGUUAGAACAAAAGAUUCACAUGUGGGACCUCUUCUCACUAUAAUACCUGGAGAACAACUUGAAUUUUCGUUUGAUUCAACCAAGACUGAUGAAUCAACUUCUGAACUUUACUCUAGAAUUACACUGCAAAACACAACAGUUAACACAGUAGCAUACAAGGUCAAGACAACAAGUCCAGAUAUGUACAAGGUGAAGCCAAGUGCCGGCCCCAUCAAACCCAACGCUAACGUCAAUAUCUCAGUUUAUAUUAGUGCAGCUCACAAACAGACAAUUGCCAAAGACAAGUUUUUAGUACUGUCAACUAAGCUACAUGAGGUGAUCAAGACUCCUGCUGAAAUGACAGAAUUCUGGAAAAGAGUUGCAAAAGAAGAUGCCAUAGAACACAGACUGAAAUGCACUUACGUACCAACUGAAGAAGAAAGAGAGAGGAUGCCUGAUGAUUCCAAUGCUGUUCUCAGCAAACAAAUAAGUCAACUCAACGAAAAGAUAUCCAUCCUGACAGAUCUUACAGCAAAACAACAUGAUGCAAUGCAGUACAAGUUCAACAUUGUCUUAGUACUACUACUUUUAGCCUUACUGGUUGCUGUGUAUCUGUUUAUGAGAUUGUCAACGGAUGGUUCAAUGUUGGAAGAUCAUGCCUGUCCAGGUCACAACCACAUGUACAGCACAAGUCCCACCACUUCUUGAGUUUACUUUAAGCUUAAUCCUGUUAGGUAAUAUUGGUUUUCUUUGUAACUCUUUUAAUGUAAUUCUGUUUAGGCUAUUGUAUCUUAUUCACAUAUUUUGUACUUAUUGCCUUUGUAAACUUUUUUUUUUGGUAUAAAACCCAUAAAAUCAUACACUCAUGCACCAGACGAUGUAGCACCCAAAAUACAAUCUAUGCUGUACCUCAACUUCACAUAAAAAUUGAUAGAUAAGCCAAUCAGCAAUAAAAAGGUAUAUAAUAAAACAUUAACAUAAUCUUAAAAAAAUAAAUCAGGUUAUAAAACCUAAUAAAUGCAGAGAGAACUGAAAUGAAAUUAAUGCCAUUUGCAUGGAAUUCUCUUUUGAUAUUGAUCUUAUUGGAACUUGAAAAGAUGUUUUUUAUAAGUACAAAUUAUGUGAUGAGUUUAAAUAAAUAAGUUAGAUUGUUUCUGAAUUGUGAUAACAUGCUACAUUUUACAUAUUUCAAAAUUAUGCAAGUAUAUGAUAUAUAUAUUUUUUGAUUUACAAUCAAAUGAAAAUAAUAUAAUAUGUUUAACCAAUGUAAGGUGGAAUUGAAAGUUUUCAUGUUGAAGUUUGACAUUUUUGAAUAACAUUAAUAAGAAUCAAUGGUGAUAAUCAUAAUAUUAAUAAUAAUAUAAAUAAUAAUAUGAUGAAGAUCCAUCUAUCCAGAAUGUUAAAUCAUAUAUCCAGUGUUUAAAAAUUCUGAUUAUAUUUAAUAUAAAUUAUCAUUAUAAUGAUAACAUUAUUAGCAAUUACAAAAAUAAAAUCAUCACCAUUAUAAUAAUUAUAAUAUUAUUAAUUAUAAUAUAAGCAUAAUCAUAUACUGUCAUAAUGUUCUACUUUAGCCCUCCUUAAUCAUAACUGCAAUUAUAUAAACCAUCAUGAAUAGAGAGUUAGAAUUGAAUUUAGCUUAUUUUAUGUACAAUUUAAUGCAUUAAUGUAUUCAUUAUGUGUUGGAAAACAUUAAAGAUAGGUAUCUACAUACCGUAUACAUUCUGUUUACAAUUUUCACUAAAUUCAAUCUCUAUGCUAAUAAUUUCAAUGAUGAUAAUGUUUGUAAUCAAAAUAGUUCAUAUAUAAAUUGUGUAUCUAUAUGUCGCUUUUCAUUCAGAGAACAGUUCCCUUUGAAACUAAUCUUGGCCAAGUAAUCUUGGCAAAUUAUAAUCACACUAAUCUGAAUUGUAAAACUAUUAAUAUUGAUAAAAAUUGGCACAGAAAAGAAAUAUUGGAAGAUACCAAAAAACAUCAUCUUUGAUGCCAUAACUAAUUUUGAACUUUAUUUACCAUAAAACAUCUAAUAGAAACCCUCUACUUUAAUAAGAAUUCCCAUCAUCUAUUAAUAGUAACUCAAUUUAAAAGUUUAUCUUUUGUUUUAUAUUGACCUAUUGCCAAAUGCCCUUAAAAGAAUGCCUACAAUACACAAUUUGUUUUGAGUUUAAUGAAAAAAAAAUUUCAACAGUUUUACUUGUAUAGUUAUCCAUUGUGAGGUUUUGACACAAGAAACAUAGGUGGGUUAAUAUUUCCUAAUAAUAACCCAGUACUCCAUAGUAAACCAUAUUCUGAUUGUAACCACUCUAAAUGCCAAACAAAGGAUUACUAACUCAAGGUUUUUAUUAAAAGUUUUAGGAUACAUUGUUAAUACUGUGACUUAACUAUACUAAAAAGGUUAGGGUUGGAGUGAGCCCCAUCAUGCAAUACUGUAUGACUAAACUAUUUCACCAGCUAUGUAUACUCUUAACAAUAGGGUUGUGCAAUCCCUAAAUUUAUAAUUGAUUUCAUGUUUGUCAUGAGAUAUCUAUUUAGGCUACAUGUAAGGAUAUCUAGUACCCUAUGUACUUUUUAAGGGGUUUUUUUUCUUGAUCAAAGUAACUGUGAAAUGAUUGAUUAAAGUAAAAAUCAAAUGUUGAAAUAUCAAAGAA